ACCACUUUUAGCCAUAACAAUAUGCUUGCUCUGCACAAGAAUGAGGACACUUUGACGCUGCUAACUCUUACACCCUGGAAAAUAAGUAUUUUUGAGAUCAUUUCUUAAUGUGUUUCCAUAACCACAAUGAGCAGAUCAGACAACUUUACAUAUCCAAAUACCUCCAGUGGAUACUUAUGCGAAUUCCAAGAGGAUUUCAAGUACAUCCUCCUGCCUGUCAGCUACGCUUUGGUGUUUGUGAUUGGACUGGCCCUCAAUGCCACUGCUCUGUACGUGAUCAUCUUUCGUACUAAACACUGGAAGCCGUCCACCAUCUAUAUGCUGAACCUGACAGUAUGUGACACUCUCUACAUCUUCACUCUGCCAUUCCUUAUCUACUACUAUGCAGAUGAGAACGACUGGCCCUUCAGUGAACCCUUCUGCAAGAUUAUUCGCUUCCUGUUUUACGCCAACUUAUAUGGUUCUAUAUUGUUCUUGUGCUGUAUAAGCCUUCAUCGAUUCCUUGGCAUCUGCUACCCUGUGCGCUCUCUGAACUGGGUCAGCCCACGUCGGGCCAAGCUGGUGUCUGUGGCAGUGUGGGCUUGUGUUUUACUCUGUCAAGCCCCCAUUCUCUACUUCUCCAGGACUCGGGAUGUAGACAAGGAGAGAGUGUGCUAUGACACCACCAGUCCAGAGCUCUUCGAUGAUUUCCUGGUGUACAGCUCUGUGGUGUCUGUCUUCAUGUUUGCCCUGCCCUUCAUGGUGCUCAUGGUGUGCUAUGGGCUCAUGGUCAGGAAGCUGCUGGAGCCCGGCUGGGCAGCUGAGGUCAGACCAGGCCUAAGAGGAGGUCUGGGGACCCAGAACUACAAGCAGAAAUCAGUCAAGAUGAUCAUUAUUGUCCUGGCAACAUUUAUGCUGUGCUUUCUGCCCUUUCAUCUGACCAGAAGUCUGUACUACUCAUUCAGAUAUCUACAACAAAUCAACCCAGCACAUGUCAGCUGCAGUCUGCUGGAAGCCUCCAGUGUGGCCUACAAAGUGACGAGACCGUUUGCCAGCGCUAACAGUUGCAUUGACCCCAUCCUGUACUUCCUGGCGGGACAGGGCGUCAGGAAUACCCUCACCAAGAAGAAAAGAACUGGGUCAAAAUGUAUACAACAGUGUGACACUACCAAAUUAUAAAUAAAUGAAUAUAUUAUGUCUUUAUAUUUAACUAACAUUAACAGCUUGGAUCUGCCCCAAAAUUUUGCUAAAGGCAUAUUUGUAAAUUAUUUGUCAGGCUUAUUUCAUUUAAAUUACUAGGAUAUACAAAAAAUAAUAUACUGUUUAUUCUGAAGUAAAAAUUAAGUGCUGCAGGUACAGUUAUGGCUGAAAGGUGAACGCACAAUUUGUUUAGAAAUUUCAAAGUGUUCAAGUUAUAAUUAUACAGGCCCGAUAAAAUUUGAAGGAGACAGAUAAUUUAUCUUGUAUAUGUGUUUGUUGUACUUUGGAUUUAUAAUACAAAGAAACCUUUAUAUAAUGCAAAUUGUAGACACUAUAAUAAAUAUUCCAUAAUGGUAUGGUAUUAUAUGUUA